CGGGCGGCUGCAGCGAGGGCUGCAGAGGCCAGUGAGGCGUGGACUCGAUGACCGGAGGGCCGCUGUGCCCUCAAGCAGCCUCUUCGCACGACCCUGCACUCCCUGCCUGAACGCCCUGGGCAACAGUGGGCCGCGACACUUAGGGCUCUAGUAAGCUGCGGCGGGCUCACCCCCCAAGCGGAGGCGCUAUCGAACAGGUUAGAUUGGGGGCAGGGACGGCCGCGGGAGCAGCCCAAGGCCAGAGAAAGAGCCCGAGUCAGGCCAUCUCCAACUAUGUCCGACGAGGCGUCGGCCACCACUUCCUAUGAGAAGUUUCUAACCCCUGAAGAACCUUUCCCACUCCUGGGACCCCCUCGCGGAGUGGGCACCUGCCCCAGCGAGGAGCCGGGCUGCCUGGACAUCAGCGAUUUCGGCUGCCAGCUCUCCUCCUGUCAUCGCACCGACCCCCUCCACCGCUUCCAUACCAACAGGUGGAACCUAACUUCUUGUGGAACAAGUGUUGCCAGCUCAGAGUGCAGUGAGGAACUAUUUUCAUCAGUUUCUGUUGGAGAUCAAGAUGAUUGCUAUUCUCUGUUGGACGAUCAAGAAUUCACUUCUUUUGAUUUAUUCCCUGAGGGCAGUGUCUGCAGUGAUGUCUCUUCUUCUAUCAGUACUUACUGGGAUUGGUCAGAUAGCGAGUUUGAGUGGCAGUUGCCAGGCAGUGACAUUGCCAGUGGCAGUGAUGUACUUUCUGAUGUCAUACCAAGUAUACCAAGUUCACCUUGCCUGCUUCCUAAAAAGAAAAACAAGCAUCAGAAUUUAGAUGAGCUUCCUUGGAGUGCAAUGACAAAUGAUGAGCAGGUGGAAUAUAUUGAGUAUCUAAGUCGUAAAGUCAGUACUGAGAUGGGUCUUCGGGAGCAACUUGAUAUUAUUAAAAUCAUUGAUCCUUCUGCUCAAAUCUCCCCUACAGACAGUGAGUUUAUUAUUGAACUUAACUGUCUCACAGAUGAAAAACUAAAGCAGGUCAGGAAUUAUAUCAAGGAGCAUAGCCUUCGCCAGCGGCCUGCAAGAGAGGCCUGGAAGAGAAGCAACUUCAGCUGUGCAAGCACCAGUGGAGUGAGCGGUGCUAGUGCUAGUGCCAGCAGCAGCAGUGCCAGCAUGGUCAGCUCCGCAAGCAGCAGCGGGUCCAGUGUUGGAAACUCUGCUUCAAACUCCAGUGCCAACAUGAGUCGAGCACACAGUGACAGCAACCUGUCUGCAAGUGCCGCAGAGCGGAUUCGGGAUUCAAAAAAGCGAUCCAAGCAGCGGAAAUUACAGCAGAAAGCCUUCCGUAAGAGGCAGCUGAAGGAACAGAGGCAGGCCCGGAAGGAGAGGCUCAGCGGGCUCUUUCUCAAUGAAGAGGUGCUGUCCUUGAAAGUGACUGAGGAAGACCAUGAAGCAGAUGUGGAUGUUUUGAUGUUUCUUCUGUUACAACUUUAUUGUCAGUGGAGCCUUUGGAAAUGUAUGGUCUCUUUGUGGUGACGGAUAGGGGUAAAAAAGGGAAAAUUGCUUAAUUAUGCACAUACAUUUUGACUAUGUAAAGGUAAUCAUAAAAUUAACCUAUAAAUGCAAAUUAAUGCUUACUAUUCUGAAUUGUUUCAAGAAACAGUGGCCUGUAGCCAUGACUUGUUUUGUAGAGCUUCUUACUCUUUUAUGGUAGUGACCUAUUGGAUUAAAAUUGAGACUUUGGACUAGGUUAUCUAGCUGAGGCUUUUAAGAAUGGAGCAAAUAAUGUCUGUUCAUGUAGUGGAUGAAUUUAAUUUCCUG